AUGCCUAUCGAAAUUCCCAAGACCGAGUCCCUCAAGGACAUGUUCAACCUCAAGGGCAAGACGAUUGCCAUCACCGGCGCGUCUGGCCCCCGCGGAAUGGGCAUCGAGGCUGCCCGCGGCGCCGCUGAGAUGGGCGCCGACAUCGCCAUCACCUACUCCUCACGCAAGGAAGGCGCCGAGAAGAACGCCAAGGAGCUUACUGACAAGUACGGUGUCAAGGUUAAGACCUACCACCUCGACACCUCCAAAUACGACAACGUCAAGGCCUUUGUCGACGCGGUCGUCAAGGACUUUGGCAAGAUUGACGGCUUUGUCGCCAACCCUCCCGAAGCGUGGGACAAGGUCAUCCAGAUCGACCUGAACGGUACCGCCUACUGCGCCAAGGCAGUCGGCGAGCACUUCAAGCAGCGCGGAAAGGGAUCAUUCGUCAUUACCGCGUCCAUGUCGGGCCACAUUGCCAACUACCCCCAAGAGCAAACGUCGUACAAUGUUGCCAAGGCCGGCUGCAUCCACAUGGCCCGCUCGCUCGCCAACGAGUGGCGCGACUUUGCCCGUGUCAACAGCAUCUCGCCUGGCUACAUCGACACUGGUCUCUCCGACUUUAUCGACAAGAAGACCCAAGACCUCUGGCGCAGCAUGAUCCCCAUGGGUCGCGAUGGCGAGGCCAAGGAGCUCAAGGGUGCCUACGUCUAUCUCCUCUCCGACGCGAGCACCUACACCACCGGCGCCGACAUUGUCAUCGACGGCGGCUAUGUUUGCAGGUAG